AUGUCUACACACAUUCAGCAGUUCAAGAAUUUCAUCCGCCAUGGUAAACAAGCUAGAGCCGCAGAUCCCCCACGAGACCACCCAACUACAAAUGUAUCGAACGUUCAUGCUCAACAAUCCAGACUCCCCCAUGGCAUCAGCGAACCAGUAGUCGGCCACAACAAGCAAGCGGCUUACCAACAACCAGGAGGUCACAUCGGUGAAUACUCUAUGGCAGCAGGCGACAACCGCAAUGUAGCAGCUCAGGCAGCCGGUGGUGCCGCAAACAUGGCUGGCAAGAAUCAGAAGCUACAGGUCAACCAGGCAGAUUUGGCUCAACUCGUUGCUGAUGAGAGGGAGAAGGCCGCCAAGAUGCCUCGAUAUCCUGGUCUGGAACGUUUUAUUCUGAUUGAAAAGAUGGGUGAUGGCGCAUUCAGCAACGUCUACAAGGCGAGAGAUACUCAGACUGGUGCUGAGGUUGCAAUCAAGGUGGUCCGCAAGUUCGAGAUGAACUCCAACCAGGGCGACGCUCAUUUGCAUCCGGAAUUUAAGAAGCAACCAAAAGGAGUGGAGAGAGCGAACAUCCUCAAAGAAGUCCAGAUAAUGCGACAGCUGGACCAUCCUAAUAUCGUCCGACUGAUCGACUUUUCAGAGUCGAAACAAUACUACUACAUCGUUCUAGAAUUGUGUCCCGGCGGUGAACUAUUCCAUCAAAUCGUGCGUUUGACCUAUUUCAGCGAAGAGCUAAGUCGGCACGUCAUCGUCCAAGUGGCCGAAGCACUACAUUAUCUACACGAGGAGAAAGGCGUGGUACAUCGUGACAUCAAGCCAGAAAACUUACUGUUCUAUCCGAUACCUUUUAUUCCGACAAGAAACCCGAAACCACGCGGACCCGAAGACGAGGACAAGGCCGACGAAGGUGAGUUCGUAAAUGGCGUUGGAGCAGGGGGUAUUGGUCAGAUUAAAAUCGCAGACUUUGGUCUGUCAAAAGUCAUCUGGGAAUCCUCAACCAUGACUCCUUGUGGUACGGUAGGCUAUACCGCUCCUGAGAUAGUAAAGGACGAGCGCUACAGCAAAUCCGUCGAUAUGUGGGCUCUUGGUUGUGUGUUGUACACACUGCUGUGUGGUUUCCCUCCCUUCUAUGAUGAAUCGAUUCAGGUCCUAACCGAAAAGGUGGCAAGAGGCCAGUAUACCUUUUUGUCUCCAUGGUGGGACGAUAUCUCAAAGUCUGCGCAGGACUUAGUGUCACAUCUAUUGACUGUUGAUCCUGACAAGCGAUAUACCAUCGAGCAAUUCUUGAAUCAUCCUUGGAUCCGCCAGAGCAACGAGGAGACUUACGCAGCUGCUGACGCACCACCUCUGGCAACGCCGUUGGCCGUAAGACAGAAGGAAUUCGGCCUCGCAUCAGGUGUUGAUCAAUACGCACUUGCUACCCCUGGCACACCAGGACGACGAAACGACUUCCGAUCGCCAGGCGCAGUCAACCUGAGAGAAGUUUUCGACGUUGGUUACGCUGUACAUAGACAGGAAGAAGAGGCGAAACGCAGGAAGAACUUCAAGCAAGGUUAUCGAGGCGCUGGUGUCCCAGGUAGCCUGAACCCUCUCAACGAGGAUGAUGACGACUACGAAGAUGGAGAUUAUGAAGAGGACGUUCCAGCGAAAGUGCCAAAGUCUCAGGCACCAUCAGAUGUCUCCAGCAUGGAGGCUAAGUUGCGAAGCACAAACUUGGGCACGCAGCCAUCCGCAGCAGCACAAGCUCGUGCUGCGGCCGCACCCCAGCGCAGUCGACAACAGGAGGAACGUGGGUAUGGACAGCACAGUGCUGCUGUUGCAGCAGCGGCAAAGAAGAGUGUUGGCCAGCGUAGCAAGCAACCAUUCGAGCUCAGCUUGGAUAACUCGACGUUACUUGGCCGAAGGAACAAGGGCACGCCAGCUCCGAGUAAACUAAGGGAAAUGGAAGUGCGGUAG